GCAUGGUAACGGCUCGGAAGCCGAGGGGGCUGGGCCGGACGAAGGCGGAGGAACCGGUGUCUGCCGCUGCCACUGCAGCUGCCGCCGCUGCUCCAGCGUGUUCCGUGAGGCCCGCGCCGGUGCCGCCUCGGCCAUGAUGAUCCACGGCUUCCAGAGCAGCCACCAGGACUUCUCCUUCGGGCCCUGGAAGCUGACGGCGUCCAAGACCCACAUCAUGAAGUCCGCGGAUGUGGAGAAGUUAGCCGAUGAAUUACAUAUGCCAUCUCUCCCUGAAAUGAUGUUUGGAGACAACGUUUUAAGAAUCCAGCAUGGCUCUGGCUUUGGGAUUGAGUUCAAUGCUACAGAUGCAUUAAGAUGUGUUAACAACUAUCAAGGAAUGCUUAAAGUAGCCUGUGCUGAAGAGUGGCAGGAAAGCAGGACGGAGGGUGAACACUCCAAAGAAGUUAUUAAACCAUAUGAUUGGACCUAUACAACAGAUUAUAAGGGAACAUUACUUGGAGAAUCACUUAAGUUAAAGAGAGUAAUGCCUUCUAGCUUUUUCCUGCUGUUGCGAUUUUUCUUGAGAAUCGAUGGGGUGCUUAUCAGAAUGAAUGACACAAGACUUUACCAUGAGGCCGACAAGACCUACAUGUUACGAGAAUAUACAUCACGAGAGAGCAAAAUUGCUAAUUUAAUGCAUGUUUCACCUUCCCUCUUCACGGAACCUAAUGAAAUAUCACAGUAUUUACCGAUAAAGGAGGCAGUUUGCGAGAAGCUACUAUUUCCAGAAAGAAUUGAUCUUAACCCUGCAGACUCACAAGAAAGUACACCUGUGGAAUAGAAUGUGAUACAACAUAUACUGACCAUGGAAUCUGACUGGAGACCUUAGCUAUUUGGAGGGGGUAUUUUUAUUAUGAGAAUUAAUUGCCUUGUUUAUGUGCAGAUUUUCUGUAGCCUUAAAGGAAAAAAAAUAAAGGAUUGUUGCAGGCAGGUUCCACUCAGCUGCUGUUUGUACUGUCUAUCUUCAAAUUCAUAUUCCAGAUUUAUAUUUUCUGGAGUUAAAUUUGGAUUUCUAAAUUGUUACAAAGUGGGAUCUCACUAGUAGUGAUGUGUCUAUGUCUCAUGAGCAGUGGGCAUAAUCUGCAUCCAUCAUGAAACACUGUCUUCUACCAUGAGGAGGCUAAUGUAAAUCACGGAAUCACAGCACCUUGUGACUUUCACGGGAUUCCUGAUUGUGCAUGUUGAUGUACUAGCUCUUUGGGCUUUUUGAUGUUUAUUCGUACUUCUGGAGAGUCAUGAGUUGCCUUUUAGGAAAUUGGUGUCGUACUUUAAUGAUCUUUACCCACAAAUUAAAAAUAUAUAUAUUUCCCCUCUAAAUUUAAAUUGGCUUUUGAAGGCUUUGAGAAAAUUUCAGACACAGAACCGAAUAACCUAGGGUUUUGGGAAACUGAAGGUGUUCUAUCCGUGGACACACCUGAACAUGGUUUGCCAGCCACAGGUAGGAUGUCAGAGCUGUCCUUCCUCCAUCUUGAGGUGCUUUUUCUUAUGUGUGCUUCUACUUGUACUGAUGUUUUUUACUUCAUUUUCCAUGCAACCUUGGAAUGAAUAAAUCCAUUGAAUAUUGAAUUUGUGUUGUUGUCCAGCUAAUUUUAUUAGCUAAAUUUUGUCACAAGUGAUUUUGGUAUUUGUUUGCCUUCUGCUACAUCACCUGCAAGGUAUAGGAAAUCAGGAUUUUGUUGGCUUUAAGAAAAUACAUGGCAUGUUCACUGUAUAUUAAAUAUACCUGUAUUUAAUGUUUUCUCUUAGGACAGAAAAGUGUAUAUAUUGUGCUUGGCCUUCUGUUGUAUUUUAUUUGCCAUGCGGAUUUGAACAGAAUAGACUCUUUAUUCAUACAAGAUACAAGAAAUGAAAAACUUGUAAGAAUAUUCAUUAGUUGAAGUUUCUGGGCAACAUCAUUAUAUAUAUUCUUAACUUGAGUCAGUUGUCUUAGUCUCUGAGUCAGGUUUAGAUGACUUAUUUUCAGAAUCUAUUGCUAAAAAUUGUGGGAAAUUAAAAGAAUUGACCUUUUUUUAUAGAGGGUGGGAAGUUGAUAGGAUGAGUGUACUUCCGGAAGCUCCUUUAGUUUAUUCCUGUGGAGAAUACCCAGAAAACCUGUAUUUGCCCAUUGCUAAAUAAGACAUAUGCCAUUUUAUAUUUAUUUGUUCCAAGUGUCUUUUUGUAAGAAAAGAAUAAACAAUAAGGAAUUACUGA